AUGGCUGACCCCAAGGUGGAGACCCGGACCAGCAUGGACUGGCAGAAACGCUGCCUGGCCCUAGAGACCCAGCUUACCCGGUUCCGCCUGCAGGCCAGCAAGAUAAGGGAGCUGCUCGCCGACAAGAUGCAGGAGCUGGAGCAGAGGCUGCAGGAGGCAGAACAGAGAGCAGAGAACGCAGAGACCCAGGUGGGUGUGAUGGAAGAGAAGGUGAAACUGUCCAAUCUGAAGAAUGUGGGCUCAGCAGGCAGCCUGCACCUGAAGUACCAAGAAUUGCUGAAAGCCGUGCAGGGCAAAGAUGAGCUCAUUGGCCAGCUGGAGGCACAGCUGGAGAAGCAGAAGCAGAUGAGAGCUGAGGAAGCAAAAAUUGUUCAAGAAAAAGCUGCGAAGAUCAAGGAAUGGGUGACACUAAAGUUAGCAGAGCUUGAGAUGGAGAAUCAGCACCUGAAAAGCUAUAAUCAGCGCCUGGUGGAGCAGGUGGAAGCCCUUCAAGAUGCUCUAGAAGCUCUUCAGAUGGUAUCUUCAGAGAAGCUUCUGGUAGCUCCCCAGGGAACCCCAGAGAAGGAUUCUGUCCCUUCAGGGCCAGGAACCCAGCUGAUGAGGCAGGACAGUGGUCCUCAGGCCCAGGAUGCUAUGAAGGCGGCUCUGCCUGCACCUUCUCCAGUUUCUCUGCAGAGCAAGGACUCUGUCCCUACAGGGGGAAGCUCCCCGGGGGAGCUCAGUUCCAUCAUGGUCUGUCCUGGGGGAAUAUCAGAGGCCAAGACCCUUCCACCUCGUCUGAGAAGAGAAGGCUCUUCUGGCCAGCUGUGCGUGAAGACUCGCACCUCCAGACUUGGCUUGUCUUCCUGGGUUGAGGGCCUGGCCGCUGGUCAGGGAGGGUUGCUCCCUGGAACAAAGGCCUCGGCCAGGGAAGAUGGCCCCGGCUGCAGCCUCACCCUCCCGAAGGUGCGAGCUCCCAGCACCCCCCAUGACAGCGGCCAGCUGGCUAAGCGGCACCACAGCCAGCCCCAGGCGCGCCCUGCGCACUUCAGCCACGCGGCGAGCGUUGAGAUUGGGACCCUCGCAGCCCUCCCCGGCUCCGGCCUUCCGGAGGUGGCGGCCCUAGCUGAGCUCCGGGAGGAACCGGAGAAGAUGGAGAUGGAGGAGCAGCCCCCAGGCGGGAGAGAGGAGCAAGGAGAGAGCCCGAAGGCGUCGGGAGCUGAGCUGGAGGAAGUGGACUUGGGAAGCAAACCACCCACACCCCCCUUGCACCGGUUUCCAUCCUGGGAGAGCCGGAUCUAUGCUGUGGCCACGUCAGGCAUGCGUCUCUCCGACGUACCUCUGAGAAGUAAUGCCACCUGCCGUGGUUCAAGGCCUCCCUCCCUUUCGUCCCCAGGACCUUUCUCUGGCCUUGUCUACAAGAACGGCACAGUGCCGGUCUACACAGUCCUGAAGGGGAGAGCCACACAGAUCAGCACCGUGCCCUUUGUGGAUGAAUCCUCUGGGUCCGACGACGACUGCAGCUCUCUGGCAAGUUUCCGAACUUCAGUCCCCUGCUCGGAGGUCAGGAAGACCAGUGGACUAGGCAGCCCCCGGGCUAUCAAGAGAGGUGUCUCCAUGUCCUCUCUGAGCUCGGAGGGCGACUACGCCAUCCCCCCAGAUGCCUGCUCCCUGGACAGUGACUACUCAGAGCCUGAACACAAACUACAGCGCACCUUGUCCUACUCCACUGAUGGGCUGAACCUGGGUGGGGAGUCACUGGAGAAGUCAGGCUACCUGCUGAAAAUGGGGAGCCGGGUGAAGACAUGGAAGAGGCGCUGGUUUGUCCUGAGACAGGGACAGAUUCUGUACUACAAGUCCCCGAGCGAUAUCAUCCGGAAACCUCAAGGUCAAGUGGAACUGAACUCCCAUUGCCAAAUUGUUCGAGGGGAAGGUGCACAGACAUUCCAGCUCAUCUCUGAGAAGAAAACCUAUUACCUGACGGCGGACUCGCCCUGCCUGCUGGAGGAGUGGAUCCGAGUGCUGCAGAGGCUGCUCAAGGUCCAGGCCAUUGGGCCGGCAGCCCUGCCUCAGGGUGGCACCAAGCCCACCGUGAAGGGCUGGCUCACCAAGGUAAAGCAUGGCCACUCCAAGCUGGUCUGGUGUGCUCUCGUUGGGAGAACCUUCUACUACUAUCGGAGCCAUGAGGACAAGCGACCCCUGGGCCACCUGCCUGUGCAGGAUGCACGCAUAGAGGAAGUCGAUCGAUCCUGUGACUCAGACGAGGACUAUGAGGCUGGAGGAACCAGGCGGUUGCUUUCCUCGCACUGCACCCUGGUGAUCCAGCCCCCAGAGCACAGCCCCACCUACCUUCUCAUUGGCACAAAGCAUGAAAAGGAUGCAUGGCUUUAUCACCUCACAGUGGCCGCAGGUGGCAGCAGCGCCAAGGUGGGGACUGCCUAUGAGCAGCUCAUUGGCAAACUGAUGGAUGAUGAGGGUGACCCAGACUCCCCCCUCUGGAGGCACCCCACGCUGUGCUACAGCAAGGACGGGCUGUACACGUCCCUCACCACCCUGCCCUCCGAGGCCCUGCAGACCGAGGCCCUCAAGCUCUUCAAGUCCUGCCAGCUCUUUAUCAACGUGCCUGUGGAAGCCUCCUCGGUGGACUACCACGUGUCCCUGGCCCAGAGGGCCCUGCAGGUCUGCCUGGUGCACCCUGAGCUGCAGAGCGAGAUCUACUGCCAACUCAUGAAGCAGACCAGCUGCCGCCCGCCUCAGAAGUAUUCUCUCACACAGUGCUGGCAGCUCCUGGCUCUGUGCGCCCCACUCUUCCUGCCUCAACACCACUUCCUCUGGUACAUCAAACAGCAGCUCCAGCGCCACGCAGACCCCAGCAAUGAAACUGGCCAGUAUGCCACCUACUGCCAGCGGGCAGUGGAGCGGACCCUGCAGACUGGGGAGCGGGAGGCCAGGCCAUCACGCAUGGAAGUGGUGUCCAUCUUGCUGCGCAACCCCUUCCACCACUCCUUGCCCUUCAGCAUCCCCGUGCACUUUGCCAACGGGACCUACCAGGUGGUUGGUUUUGACGGCUCCUCCACUGUGGACGAGUUCCUCCAGCGGCUGAACCAGGAGACAGGCAUGAGAAAGUCGUCCCACUCUGGCUUUGCCCUCUUCACAGACGAUCCUUCUGGCAGGAACCUGGAACACUGCCUGCAGGGGAGUGUCAAGAUCUGCGAUGCCAUCUCCAAAUGGGAGCAAGCCCUGAAGGAACUGCACUCCAGGAAGUCUGAGGGUGGCACUCGUGUCGUGAAGCUGAUGUACAAGAACAGGCUGUACUUCCGGAGUCAGGUCAAAGGGGAGACAGAGCGUGAGCGCCUGCUUCUCGCCUUCCAGACCAGCGGAGAGAUCGUGGCAGGGAGGUUUCCUGUCAACAAGGAACUGGCUCUGGAGAUGGCUGCCCUGAUGGCCCAGGUAGAGUUUGGGGACUUGGAGAGGCCCCUCCCACCAAGCCCUGGGGGCACACCGCCUCCCAAGGCUCAGCAUCACCUACAGCAGGUCCUAGACAGGUUCUACCCAAGACGCUACAGACACGGGGCACCCCCUGAACAGCUGAGGCAUCUGGUAGAUCAGCUGACUGCAAAGUGGGCAGCUCUGCAAGGCUGCUCCCCUCCAGAGUGUAUCCGCAUCUAUCUGACUGUGGCCCGGAAAUGGCCCUUCUUUGGUGCUAAGCUCUUUGCUGCUCAGCCUGUGCAGCUGUCUUCCAGGGAGAACGCUCCGGUGUGGAUUGCAGUGAAUGAGGGUGGGGUCAGCGUCCUGGACCACGGCACCAUGCAAGUGCAUGUCACUUACCCCUACUCUUCAGUGACGACCUUUGGUGGCUGCCGGGAUGACUUCAUGCUUGUGAUUAGAUCCCUUCCAGACCAGAGCUCUGGAAAAGGCCACACUGAGAAGUUGAUCUUCCGGAUGGCCGCUCCCAAGAUUGCAGAGGCUACUUUCAUCAUGGCCAGCUACAUGAACCAUUGCUCCAUAACUGUGAACCCACGCACCAAGCCACCUGCUGCCCACCAGCCAUGGGAACUGGCUGGACAGUUCUUUGCUCCUGUUACAUGCACUGCCAAGGAGCCAACGUUGCUGUGAAUAUUUCUCCUACCUUUCCCCCCACCACCUGGUGCCUCUGGGGUUGGAGAUACGAAGUGGGGCAUGAUACUACUGUGAUGGGUCUACCACCCUCCCCCGACUCCCACCCUGGUUUGUUCUGUGAAAUGUGAAUUUCUGUAUCAUGAAGCCUUUAUUCUCUAGGUGCCUUAUAAUGUUUCAGGGCCCAACUUUUAAAAAUCCAGACCCAGUAUAAAGACCACUGUUUUUUUCCACAAGAAUACUGAGCUCUGGAUGCAGCCUGCUUCUAGACAGACAGGGGUGUUACUGGUUCCUGAGGGCAUCAGUGCUGUAAGUCAGGGCUUUCCCCGCUGAUACCCUCAGGGAGGCUAAUAUUUUUUAUAUUGUAUAUGGUCCUUAUGUGGGGAUUUAUACUUGAAGUUUUCCCAACAUCCCUGAAUAGGACUAAAAUUUCCAGUUCACCUGAACUCUGACAAAAGCCUAGAACUCGCUAAAACUAGACUUCCUUUCCCAGAUGGGAAAGGUGUUGCCAGAGCUGGAGAAAAAGGAAUAGCCACCCUUCCCCUCUCCCUACCACAAAUAAAUGCAGCUCCUAUCUUUGCAGGACCAGGAGCUCCCCUGCUGAGAUCGUAGCUAUUCUCCCUCACACUGGACUAUAAGCCCAACUGGGUACAAGCUAAGGCAGGGGUAGGUCUAAUCUGACCUCUCCAUGUCUCCUUUUAACUACUGGACAGGGCUCAGUGAAGGCUGUGCUCACUAUUGUAGGACGAGGUGGUUGUCACUGUCUCCCUGCUCUUUGAAAGACCAAGCAAAUGCACUCUGCUUUUUGCUGCUCUGUGAGCCACCAAAGAUGAGUCAGAAGCAGAAGACCCCUCGGGGCUCAUGGGCCUGGAUUCACUCAAGACUUCUGGCGAACUUCCGCUGGGAAUUAGUGUGAGGACAGAGGACAUGUGAUGUCUGUGCCAGCCUAAGAGUAUCAGGUGAAAAAAGUUGAAUGUUGCUUUCACCUUUUGCCUUUCUAAUGAUGCCAGUACCCCCCUGUCCCCAACUGAGACCUUCUGCUGAGUGCAGAGAUGAUCUUUGUUUCCACCCUCCCCUAACAGAAAGACGAAAGAGUUCAUUGGUACUGUGAUUUUCCAACAUUGGAGACUGAGUUUUAUUUCACAGCUCUAAUGCAGUUUUACCAUUUGUCAAUAAAGUGCUGAAAACUGUAUGGUUUUAGCAGUAGCAUCCAAGA